AUGGCUCUAAUUGUUUUAACAGUUUUGCUAGUUGUAGUUGUGCUGCUCUACAAACUUUCUAUGUGUCCAUAUAAGAUAUUUAAGGAGCGCGGAAUUGUGCAUGAGCCACCAAGACCAUUUAUUGGAAAUGUUAAAAUUGGGGUUUUGCUGGGACGAACUCCGUUGCUGAAAAUGUUAAUCGAUGAGUAUUGCGUGUUUAGGCAUCACAAGAUCCAUGGGUUCUACAAUAUGAGGGAGCCGUUCUUUGUGCUGCACGAUGUUGAGCUGAUUAAGCGGGUGGGCAUACAGCAUUUCGAUAAUUUCACCAAUCAUCGCUCUCUGAUGGCCAUCGACUACAUCGACUCAAUUUUCGCGAAAGGCCUCACAGCCCUCAAGGACGAUAAAUGGAGGAAAAUGCGCAACACUCUGACACCAUGCUUCACGGGCAGCAAACUUAAGGCCAUGUUCGAGCUGAUUAAUGAGUGCAGCGUGGAGGGUGUUCGUUAUAUUGAGUGUGAACUGCGGGGUGCGAACACAAACGAAAUUGAACUGGAAAUGAAGGAUUAUUUUGGUCGCUUUGCCAACGAUGUGAUUGCAUCAUCUGCAUUUGGCCUAAAGGUUAAUUCAUUUGCGCAUCAAAAGAAUCAGUUCUACACACUUGGCCAGUCGGUACUGCAUAUUUCUAGACUGGCCAUGUUCAAAGUCUUUCUAUAUGGCAUAAUACCUAACGUUAUGAAGUGCUUACGCGUCAAAGUGUUUGACUCGAGAAAAGUCAACUACUUUAUUAAUUUGGUAUUUGAUGCCAUGAAAUAUCGCGCGGAACACAAAAUAAUUCGACCCGAUAUGAUACACUUGCUGAUGGAGGCGAAGCGUCAGUUUCAGCAGCAUCGUCAGAAUGAAAUUCCACCGAAAUCGGGGGAAGAACAGGCUGAGUUUAACGAUGAGGAUCUAUUGGCGCAGUGUUUGUUGUUCUUCAUGGUGGGAUUUGAUGUAAUCUCGACUUGCCUAUGUUUUCUCACCUAUGAGCUCUGCAUGAAUCAAGAGGUGCAAUCAAAGUUGUACGACGAAAUUUCGUCAGUGGAGGAAGAGCUGCAGGGUAAGCCCCUCAACUAUAAUAUGUUGGCCAAAAUGAAGUACAUGGAUUCGGUCAUAUCGGAGUCAUUGCGCCUGUGGCCGCCAGCUUUUAGCCUGGAUCGAGAAUGUGGCAAGGAUAUUGAUAUGUUUGAUGAGAACAACGAACUGAUUGUGAAGUUCAAAAAGGGUGACAUUAUAAAUAUUCCCAUUAUUGCAUUACAUCGUGAUCCGCAUUAUUUUACGGAUCCCGAACUUUUUAGCCCAGAACGCUUCUCAGAUGAAAAUAAAGGGAAUAUAAAACCCUUUACGUAUUUGCCUUUUGGUCUAGGACCACGUGGUUGUAUUGGCAACAGAAUGGCACUGAUGGAGGUAAAAUCCAUUAUCUACCAUUUAGUGAGCAAAUUCAAGUUAGUACCAGCAAAGAAAACGGUUAAGAAUAUGAUGCAAAGCUUAAACGGUUUCCAUAUGCAGCCCAAAGAGAAGUUUUGGAUCAGGUUUGUGACCAGAGAAGGUGCUUAGUGUUAUAAGUUCAAGUAAUGCCUGUAAUUAUAAUG